AUGGAUUUCUCAGCCGCCGUGUCACCUGCGCAAGCAAAGAAGCAGAAAGCUCAAGCGGCAUACAACAGCGAUAGCGAUGACGGUAGCGAGUCUGAACUGGAGGUAGACACCUCUGCCGCACCAGUGGAGAUAACACUAGCCACAGCGUCCAAAAAGAAAGAGAAAAUGAAAGACGCGAGUGCGAGGAAGAAGGAGGACGUAUCCGUUGCAAAGGCAGACGCUGGCGCUACUAAGAGUUCGGAUACCAAAAGUGCAGACGACAGCGCAGAAAUAGAGGAGGACAGUAUAAAGGACAGAAAGAGUAAUAAACAAAGCCUCGACAAGAGCGGUAGAGAUGUGCAG